UCUCGUUACAUGAUUUUAUAACCGUUCAUACAUCGAUAAACACUGUGUGCUGACAGUUCAGACAGCAAACCAUAUUUAUUUAUAUACAUGUGCUUUGUAUUUUUAUAUUGCUAUCAUGUUAACGUGACCUAAAAAUAACAAAUUGAACGCUUUGUCUCACGCGCAAGCUGGCGCGUGCACGGAGAGAGAGAGAGUUCCGUGAGAGAUGGUCACACUUGAGUUGAGCUCCAGAAAAAUUACAAAAAAUGAGAAUAAUUUUAUCAACAAAUUAGCAGAAAAGUAGAAGAUUCAACAUAAGACAACGUUUAGACAAAAAAGACAAAAGUUUCAGUUGAAUUCAGUUGAUUUUUUUUUUUUUUUUCACACCUGAAUCUGAGGAAAGUUCAAGAGGAAGUUCAAGAGAAGAUAAUCACAGCACAACCCUCUGCAGAAGAGGAUAUUCAAGUUGAAAAGGAUAACAACAAACAACAAAAACAACAACAAAUAAGAAGAAAACUUACAAGAAGGGAGAGGUGAGGACAUUUUGAACAGACUGUGCUAUUUCAUAUCUCUUUGGGUUUUUGCUUAGAGGAACAGCACAAGGAGAGCAUUUUGGACAAAACUGGUACUUUGUAGACAUUUUUUUCUCCCCACAAAAUCAGUGAGGGUAAUUUUUCCCCUUUUGGAUUAUUUUUCAUUUUUCUCUCUUUAUAUCCUCAAUGAGAGAAAAUAAACAAAAAACUGGCAGUUAAUUCAGUUGAUUGUUUACAUUCUAAAUCAACUAUGGCCAGUGCAUCAUCUUGGCCCCGCCCCUUCAUCUACCCUCAGAAGAGUUCCGAACACUCCAGGCAGCUGCUCAGACACAAGCAGAUGAAGGAAAGGCCUGAUACACUGUUUGCUGAACAAGACCACAGUGUCAUGACCAACCUGCUCUUCUACACUGAACACGGCUCUUUAUGGCACACUGCCUUCUGUCAACAUUUCACCUUUACCAAAAAAAGAGGCAUCUGUAAAGGCAGACAGAUCUUAGCAUUUGAAGAUGCUGAAAAAAAUGAUGAAACAAGAUAUUUAACCCUGAACUUAUAUCAAAAUGGCACUGUCAUGGUCCAAGGAUCAGAGUCUGCUCUCAAAGUCUUCGAGAGAAACACACGCUCUUAUCCUGACUGACUCAAAUGGGAAAUACAUCAAUGAGAAACUUCUAUUCCCAAAUAUGAGAACCAAGAAAAUCUGGUGCCCAAACACAAGAAGUGCUUUUCAGAUCCUGUCUGAGAGAAACCUGGAUGAAAACUAUAAACACAUCAUUAUCCACACAGGGACAAAUGAUUUAAGGGCCAUGAAGGGACAUGUGGCUCCUGUGAUCAGAGAGGUGGCGAUCAGAGCCACACAACGUUUCCCAGAGGCUAAAAUAACUCUGUCUACACUACUACCACGCACUGAUGUGCCAUUUCACGUGAUCCAUGAAAAUAAUGUGGAGCUUUCCAGAAGUUGUGCACUUAUUCCUAAUGUCCACCUCGCCCAUCACAAAGACAUAUGGCCUCAUCAUAUGUAUGACCAUGUACAUCUCAACAAGCAAGGAGUGAAAGUCUUUGCCAGAAUGCUGAAAAGCACAGCCCUUGGAAACACACCAAGAAACAACAGAAACUCCAAUGACAAGAGAAGACCUCAGUCACCAAGAACCAUCCGUCCUCCAGCAGAGUCCAGAACGACCACAAGACCGCCAUCACAACACAAGAGCUACGCAGCGGCAGUUCAACAGCCACAAAACCCUGCAGCUGCUGAACUCAACCAGAUAAGACAUCUACUGAACAUCAUCUGCUCCAGACUGAGGACAUAACCUGUAUAACUCACACACACUUAUGUAUACACACACACACAUACACACAUUACAGAAAAAUCUAUCCAUGAAAUGAUUUAAAAUCAGUUGUUGGAAUAUACAGGGUCUGCACUCUUCUACUUUUGGUAACAAGACUGCAGACCAAGACGUACUCAACAGUAUAACAGAUAUGGAUAUCUGUAUCUUUCAUGAGACGUGGUGUCGUAGUAAUGAGACUUUACAUUGUCCAAUAGGAUACAAGGAAAUUGUUGUUCCUUCAUCAAAAAAUUCUAAAAUAAAAUGUGGCCGAGACUCAGGUGGAAUACUUAUAUGGCACAAAGACAAUUUGAAACAUUCGAUUAAAAUUGUUAAAACUGAAAAAUCUUCUAUUUGGCUUGAAGUGAAAUCUGUCAUAUCACAGUCUAAUCUUUACCUCUGUGCAGUCUAUAUUCCACCUCAUGACUCUCCCUAUUACGAAGAGCAAAGCUUUUCCAAACUACAGACUGACAUCUUACACUUUCAGUCCAGAGGAAAUAUCCUCAUAUGUGGAGAUUUAAAUGCCAGAACAGGGAGAGAAAUUGAUUAUGUAAAUAUUGUAGAUAAUGACCAUAUACUCAAUGACACCAUGUUUCACUCCUCAAGUAUCACACCAAGAAACAGCUAUGAUAGUUUAGUUAACAUGAAUGGAAAGCAAAUAUUAAAACUCUGUAAAGGUUUAGGGAUAUACAUAAUUAAUGGCAGAACUAGAGGAGAUACAUUAGGAAGAUUCACCUAUUGCUCCAGAUUAGGAACCAGUGUGGUUGAUUAUUCAAUAACAGAUAUUGAUCCAAAUUUUAUUAAUGCCUUCACAGUCAGACCUCAGCUCCCGAUUUCCGAUCACUGCCAAACAGUGCUUUACCUGAAACCACCAUGUGAAAGGAGCAACACUUAUCCAAUAGAAUCUGAAAAAAUGUUUCCUUUGAAACCCAAACUAAAGUGGAACCAAUCCACCUCUGAACAAUUUAAAGAACACAUAAACAAUCCUACUAUAUUAAAAAUGCUGGAUGACUUUAUAUCCACUAAUUUCACCUUAGAUGUUAAUGGGAUAAAUUUAGCAACAAAAAACUUAAAUUACAUAUUCAAAACAUUGGCAACUCUAUCUAACAUUAAACGACAACGCAAACGUAAAACAAACCAACAGACAUUAAGAAAGGAUGUUUGGUUUGAUGGUGAAUGUGUAAGUCUCAGAAAAGAACUAAGGAGACUUUCUAACAAAAAGCACAAAGAUCCAUCCAGCCAGACAUUACGGCUUACUUAUGCUGACUGUCUGAGAAAUUACAAGAGACUAAUGUGGAACAAAAGAGAAAAUUAUUUUAAAAUCAAAAUUGAGGAAAUUGAUGAAUCAGUUGAUCAAAAUUCUUUCUGGAAUCUAUAUAAAAACUUGAAAAACCCAAAUCAGAAAUAUCAUUACAGAGUGGCACAAUUUGGAAAACUUAUUUCGAAAAUCUUUAUCAAAAAAUUGAACAUAUUGACCUUAACCAGCCUCAGUGUAAAAUAAAGAAAACACUAGUAGACUUGGAGAAAACAAUUAAAAAUGAUCAAAAUCCAUUAGACAAAUUUAUAACAAUAUCUGAAAUAACAGAGCAUAUUAAAAGACUUAAAUUAAAGAAAGCAUGUGGCCAAGAUGACAUUAGCAAUGAAAUGCUUAAACUCAACAGUCUCAGCAUGAAUAAAGCUCUUUAAUCUGGUUUUAUGGUCCGGUAACUUCCCUGAGAUCUGGUCUGAGGGACUGAUCACCCCCAUAUUUAAAAAAGGUGAUUGAUUUGACCCCAAUAAUUAUCGAGGCAUCUGUGUGGGCAGUGUGUUAGGAAAACUGUUCUGCAGCAUCAUAAACAGCCGGAUUGUCACACACAUCUCCACACACAACAUUUUAAAUAAAGCACAAAUUGGAUUUUUACCAAAACAACGCACAUCCGAUCACAUCUAUUCUCUUCACACACUAAUUAACAAAAACAUCAAGGACAAACAAAGGAAAAUAUUUGCAUGUUUUGUAGAUUUUAAAAAAGCAUUCGACUCAAUUUGGCAUGACGGUUUACUGUACAAACUCCUACAAAUUGGCAUUGGUGGGAAAACUUUUGACACUAUACAAUCCCUGUACACCAACAGUAAAUGUGCGGUGAAAAUCAAUAACCACAGAACAGCGUUUUUCCAGCAGGGAUGUGGAGUGAGGCAGGGAUGCAGUCUGAGUCCGACUCUAUUCAACAUCUACAUAAAUGAUCUGGCAUCAAUGCUAGAACGUUCUACUGUCCCCGGCCUCACUCUACACCACACAGAGGUCAGAUGUCUGCUGUACGCAGAUGAUCUGGUCCUGCUGUCCCGCACACCUGAGGGUCUCCAGCAAAGCCUGUCCCUGCUGGAACAGUACUGUCAUGAGUGGGCCCUGACAGUCAAUCUGGACAAAACCAGAGUAAUGGUGUUCCAGAAAAAGGCCAGAUCUCAGGCAAACAAACACCAGUUCACUUAUAAAGGCCAGGUCCUACAGCAUAGCACCAGCUACAGUUAUAUGGGCAUCGACAUCAGCGCUUCGGGAAACUUUGGUCUGGCUGUCAAAACACUGAGUGAAAAGGCUCGGAGGGCUUUUUAUGCUAUAAAGUCACGAUGCGGUCACUUAAAAUUACCCAUUAAAACUUGGAUAAAAUUAUAUAAAUUAGAAAUUGGGAUAAAACUUCAGUAGAAAAACUACAAUUGGAAAUUAGCAAAAACAUUUUAGGGGUUCACAGAAGCACAUCCAACGACGCCUGUAGGGCUGAAUUAGGUUUGUACCCACUGAACACUGAGAUCCAGAAGAGAUGUGUUCAGUUCUGGCAUCACCUCCAUCAGUCUGAUCCUGAUUCAGUCCAAUAUAAAGCCCUCCUCGCCAAUGAAACCUCAGCAGAAUCUCAUCCUCUAAACACACUCGCUCUUCAACUUGUCCAUGAAACUCAAUUCCCAGUGGACCACAGCUACAACCCCAAAACUAUUAUUAAAGAAAUUGCCAAAAAUCUAAAAGAUACUCAUGAUGAAUCACUAAAAGCACAUUUUGAGAUCCAAAAUAAACUCCAAUGUUACUCGACCCUAAAUAGAACCACUAAAUUGGCAAAUUAUUUAUUAAUCAAACAAUUUAAAGAAAGACAAAUCCUCUCCAAAUACAGAUUAAGUGACCAUGAUCUAGAAAUAGAGAGAGGAAGACAUAGACAAACAUGGACAGCGAGAGAGCAGAGGAUCUGUAGACACUGUGACCUACAGCAAAUAGAGGAUGAGAAACACUUUCUACUCAUCUGUCCUAAAUAUCACAAUGCAAGAGAAACAUUUCUCUCCAUACUGGAUGGAACACUGAUUCCAUCAUUCAUUGAACUGAGUGAUACUGAGAAAAUGCCCUUCAUGCUUGGUGAAGAUGAUAACACAGCUACACUAGCUGCAAAAUAUGUGUUAGCCAUUCACAACAUUAGAGAUGGAUAACUCUCUAGAGACCUGCUUUAUUUAUUAAUUUACUAAGAUGGAUUUGUUUGCAUUGCUGCAUGUAACAUGAUGUAUACAUAUAUGUUUUGUUUGUUUGUUUAUUUUAUUAUUUAUGUAUAAUAUGUUAAUGCUUUGGCAACACUGUGAUUCACAGUCAUGCUAAUAAAGCUCAUUUGAAAUUGAAAUUGAAAUUGAAUUGAGAGAGAGAGAAGUCAAUGGCCUGUGUAUUUCACAUGAAAACAACCAUCUGUAAUUAAUUAAUUAUGAAAAGAUAUAAUUUCAUGGCCUAAAUGUUUUAAUUCAGUUAUAUUCACAUUAAAUAUUGAUGUAUAAUUUCUCUUGAAUGUAUAGGUUACAUUUCAUCAGCAAGUUCAUCCAUACAGAGCAAUAUUUAACUGAAAUAUUAAUUCUUGUUUCUUUUUCUCCUUUUCAUUGUGUGUAAAGAGAUCAUUGGUUCUGCUCUUAUUCUUUGCCAUCUAGUCCUGAUUCCUGACUACAGGUCUUCAGGAUGACCAGGAACUACAGGACGGUUUGAGCUACACUCUCCAUGACCAGGACUGGACACCACUGUCCUAAAUAAACCUAAGGAGAGCCGCUCAGGCACAGGUCACUGCAUCUUUUGCUGU